GAUGAAGCUGGUUUCAGUCUUCCUCCUCCUCCUGGCUCCAGUGUUGACCUGCUGCUUACCUCUCGUCCUCCCGCUGGACUGCAGUGACAUCCAUAACAAUGACAACAGCCAACUCAGUGGAGUGUACACCAUCUAUCCCAUCGGAGCCACGUCUGCUGUCCAGGUGUACUGUGACAUGGACUCAGAUGGAGGAGGCUGGACGGUGUUCCAGAGGAGGAUGGACGGCUCGGUGAACUUCUACAGGCCCUGGGAUCACUACAAGAAGGGCUUUGGUAGCGCUGCUGGAGAGUACUGGCUGGGCCUGGAGAGUCUCUUCCAUCUGACUCUGAGGAAAAAGUUUGAGCUGCUGGUCGACAUGGAGGACUUCAGUGGGAACAAAGUGUUUGCUCGUUACUCCUCGUUCUCCAUCGACCCAGAGUCCCACGGAUACAGACUGCAUGUGUCUGGAUUCACUGAUGGAGGAGCAGGAGACUCCCUGAGUUUUCACAACGGACAGAAGUUCUCCACCUUCGACAAAGACCAGGACUCCUACAGCGGUCACUGUGCCAGAAAAUACUUGGCGGCAUUCUGGUACAAUGAAUGUCACCGUGCAAACCCCAACGGGGUUUAUCGCUGGGGGGCUGAUGGCACCAUCUACGGUGUAGGAGUGGAGUGGACCAUCUGGAAGGGUUAUGACUACUCCCUGAAGACCAUCAGCAUGAAGAUUCGUCCUGUGCAGUAAUUCUCCAGAACGAACAAACAGAAUAUCUGUUGAUCUCUUUCUUUCUUUCUCUCUGAUCUAAUCUGUAACCUCACAUACAAAUCAAAUAAAGAUUUCCAGCAUGAAUAAAA